AUGGAAGCCCACUCCCUCCUCCAGCGCCAUGGCUUCGACGUCUCCUCCUACGGCACUGGGGCACACGUUAAGCUCCCCGGUCCAUCGUACCGAGAGCCCAACGUCUACGAAUUCGGAACUCCUUAUCACAAUAUGUACGAUGACCUCCUCCGCAAGAACCCUGAUUUGUACAAGCGUAAUGGGAUCUUGCCGAUGUUGAAGAGGAAUAUGAGUGUGAAUCUAGCGCCUCAGCGCUGGCAGGAUAAUGUUGCUGAUGGCCCGUUUGAUGUUGUUCUCAGUUUCGAAGAUAGGGUUUCCUAUGCGAUCGUUGAUGUUGCAUUUAGACUGAAUGACUUAAGGCGCACUGGCUAUUUUGAACGUGUCGAGUUAAAAGAGAUGGUGCUGGCUCUUUUCAGUGAAUCAGAUUUAUGCCUUUCUGAUGAUGUUGUUGAUCAAAUAGUCGAUAAGACUUUCAUGGAGUCAGAUAAGAAGGGUGAUGGAAAGAUAGAUCUGGACGAAUGGAAGGAAUUUGUAGAUAUAAAUCCAUCAUUGCUGAAUAACAUGACUCUUCCAUACUUAAAGUAAGUCUUCUAUCCUUCUAUAUUAAAUCCUCAAGUUGCAUAAGUUUAAGGUGCCUCUUAUUGUUGCCCAUUAUUUUCUACAAAUAAUAUUUCAUAAAGUUAAUAUAAUUUAGUGCUUAUUUAUUUCUCUUUGGUAAUGUGCACGUACAAUGACACACUUUUCUAAAUCUAGAACAAUGUUUUGUUACUUGUGGUUGCUUAAUUAUUACUCAUCCUUUCUCAAUAAAUGAAAACAGAGUCCUCAGUUAAUAAUGAUUCAAUAAACUACACUGUUCCAUGUUCUCAAAA